GCACGCGCACCUCCCCUUCCUCCCCCCCUCAACGUGGCUGACGAAUUCUUCGACUGCUCUCGACUAGAGCACGCCUUCGACACCCAGGAGCAGGUCGACGUCUCCCGUGACGACCCAGACCACAACGGCAACCUAGCCCCUUUCUUCAGCUGUGAUCGGCAACUGUGCCCUAAUCGAACCCCAUGGUCCAUCACCACCGACGAAAACGAAGGGCGCUACGUACCGAUCCGACGAGUCCAGCAUCCCCGCGGCCCAGCACUUCGGUACGCUGGCACAUCGCGAUCUACCUCUCGUCACGUCACUCCCGUCCCAUCUCGACCUGCCUCUCCCGGCACCCGCAUCCCCCAACCUGUCGCCAGUACAGGUCAAGCGCGAGGAGAUCCCCAUCUCCCUCGAGGAACUGAGGCAGUCGCACAGCCUUCAGUGACCCCUCAAGCGAUCCCCCAGUCCUCCCUGGGGCCGUGGUUGGAAAGGACUCCCAAGACUGAGCCCCGCGACACUCCGCCGCAUUCUUGGGCCGGCUCGUCAUCAGCGGUCACCACCUCGCCUUCAGUUCCUGUCCUACGUCACCCCGCCUCCGAACUUCCUCAACCGACUUCACCGCCGUCGCCGCCGCGAGGCCGCUCAAGCACUUGUUCCUUAAGAAGUCCGCCCGGCGGACAGUCACAACAGUCGCCUUCGUCCCCCUCGUCGCCGAUAAUGUCCUCUCCCACUGCUGUCCCUGAUAAGGAGACGUUGAAGCUCCUCCUCCCGCUCCGCUACGAUGGCAAGACCACCGUCAUCGAAUGCAACCGGUUCCUGUCGCAGUUGCGCAUCUACUGGCUGGUCAACACGUCGUUGACCACCAUCAAACUCAAGGUGCAGGUCGCACUUAGCCUGCUCAACGGAGAUGCCCGCACCUGGGCCACUCCCUACUUUGCCCAGCUCGCAUCGGUGCAGGUGGGUGUGCAAGGGGCCACGACCCCGUUCGCAAACAAAGCGGCCUUUGCUGCCGCCUUCAGGGUCCGCUUCGGAAAUCUCGACGAUGAGGCGGCAGCACAAAUAGAGCUGGCGAAGCUCUGCGCGAACAAGACGGUCCGUGAAAAACGCACCGCUGCAGAGUUCUCCGCGCUGUUCAAGGGUCCGGCGGACCGCUCUGGGUAUGGGGACCUGGAGCUACGCAACAAGUACCUGAGCGGCAUCCCCUCCCGCGUGUACCGAAAGAUCGAGCUCGAGACCUUCACCACGUGGCAAGCAGCUGAGAAGCGCGCCACUGAGGUCGAGCAAAUUCUCGACAUUAGCCGGGCC